UUUUCCUUUACUUUACUCCACUCCAUUUGAAUAUAUGAUUUUAGCAACAAUCAUUGCCAACUGCAUUGUGUUGGCUUUGGAACAGCACCUUCCGGAACAAGACAAGACAGACAUGUCUGGGAGACUGGAAGACACAGAGCCAUACUUUAUUGGAAUAUUCUGUUUUGAAGCCGGUAUCAAAAUUAUCGCCUUGGGGUUUGUUUUCCAUAAAGACUCCUACCUUCGGAAUGGCUGGAAUGUUAUGGACUUUGUGGUAGUGCUGACUGGGAUUCUGGCGACGGCCGGGACAGACUUUGACCUGCGGACGCUGCGGGCGGUUCGAGUGCUGAGACCUCUAAAGCUGGUGUCUGGAAUUCCAAGCCUGCAGGUGGUAUUGAAGUCCAUCAUGAAGGCGAUGGUUCCCUUACUCCAAAUCGGUUUACUCCUCUUCUUCGCUAUUGUCAUGUUCGCUAUUAUUGGCUUGGAGUUUUAUAUGGGCAAGUUCCACAAGGCCUGCUUUUCUGAUGACUCAGAUGAGCCUGUAGGAGAUUUCCCCUGUGGGGAAGAACUUCCAGCCCGACUCUGUGAAAACGGGACCUCCUGUCGGGUUUAUUGGAAGGGGCCAAAUUUCGGAAUCACCAACUUUGAUAACAUCCUGUUCGCUGUUCUGACCGUUUUCCAGUGCAUCACUAUGGAGGGAUGGACAGACAUCCUGUACAACACAAACGAUGCUGUGGGUAACAUGUGGAACUGGCUCUAUUUUAUCCCACUCAUAAUUGUCGGCUCUUUCUUCAUGCUGAACCUGGUUCUGGGUGUCCUCUCAGGGGAAUUUGCUAAGGAACGAGAGCGAGUAGAAAAUCGACGUGCCUUCCUUAAACUCCGACGGCAGCAGCAAAUUGAACGUGAAUUGAAUGGCUACCUGGAGUGGAUCUUCAAAGCUGAGGAAGUCAUGUUGGCUGAGGAGGAUAAGAAUGCAGAGGAGAAGUCCCCCUUAGAUGUACUCAAGAGGGCAACCAUUAAGAAAAGCAAAAAUGACCUUAUCCACGCUGAGGAGGGGGACGACCAUUUCAAUGACAUCUGCUCUGUGGGGUCACCCUUCGCCCGUUCAAGCCUGAAAAGUGCAAAGAAUGAGAGUUCUUCAUACAUUCGCAGAAAAGAAAAGAUGUUCAGGUUCUUUAUCCGCCGCAUGGUGAAAGCUCAGAGUUUCUAUUGGUUUGUCCUCUGCGUGGUGGCGCUUAACACUCUCUGCGUGGCCAUAGUACACUACAACCAACCUCAGUGGCUCACUGAAGCCUUGUAUUAUGCAGAGUUUGUGUUCCUGGGACUUUUCUUGACAGAAAUGUCCAUGAAGAUGUAUGGCCUGGGACCCCGCAAUUACUUCCACUCAUCCUUCAACUGCUUUGAUUUUGGAGUUAUAGUGGGAAGUAUUUUUGAGGUCAUAUGGGCUGCGGUGAAACCAGGUACCUCCUUUGGCAUAAGUGUCCUUAGAGCUCUGCGACUUCUUCGCAUCUUUAAGGUGACCAAGUACUGGAACUCCUUAAGAAAUCUGGUGGUGUCUCUUCUCAACUCUAUGAAGUCCAUCGUCAGCCUACUUUUCCUUCUGUUCCUCUUUAUCGUGGUGUUUGCUCUGCUUGGGAUGCAGCUAUUUGGUGGACAGUUUUAUUUUGAAGAGGAAACACGGAACACAAAUUUUGACACCUUCCCUACCGCAAUCCUUACUGUGUUUCAGAUUUUGACAGGAGAAGACUGGAAUCUUGUCAUGUAUUUUGGCAUUGAGUCGCAGGGCGGCGUCAGUAAAGGAAUGUUCUCGUGCAUCUAUUUCAUCAUUCUGACACUGUUUGGAAACUAUACCCUUCUAAAUGUCUUCUUGGCCAUUGCUGUGGACAACUUAGCAAAUGCUCAAGAGCUAACCAAGGAUGAAGAAGAAAUGGAAGAAGCCACCAACCAGAAGCUGGCUCUACAAAAAGCCAAAGAAGUCGCAGAAGUCAGCCCCAUGUCUGCAACCAACUUGUCCAUCACAGCUUUUGUAAAGCAAACUCAAGGUGCAAUAUCUCGGAGCUCGUCCGUCUCCAACAUAAAUUCACCCAAACAGCAGAAUUCUACCAAGUGUCGCUCUGUAUGGGAACAGCGAACCAGCCAGAUUCGAAAGCACAACUUCCGUGCAAGCUGUGAGGCCCUCUACAGUGAGUUGGAACCUGAGGAACAGCUGCGUUAUGCCACCACCCUACACCUAAGGCCUGAUAUGAAGAGCCAUAUGGAUCGGCCACUUUUGGUAGAGCCACAGGACUCAACUGACACAAAAGAUGGUAGCCCAGAUCCCCCAGCUCCCAAUGAAAUAGAACCAGUUCCUAGUGUGACCACUGAGCCCUCACGUAAACAGCACCGGCACCAUGAUCGAGUAGGUGGAGAACACAAUGAAGGAGGGAGAGAAAAUUGUAAUCACAAUGGAGAUUCAAGUAAUGACAGAGAGGAACGUCAACGUCAACAUAGGAGUCGCAGCAAGGAAGGUGAGGGAGGUAAGGAAACAGGAAGGGGAGAGAGGAACCACAGUCAGGAAAGGGGGAAGCGACACCAUAGAAGGGCUUCUCCUGAGGAUGGGACAGAGAGAGAGCAUCGACGACAUCGUACCCAUCGCCAUUCAGCAGAUAGGCAAGUCAAAGAAGGCAAUGGCCAGCCACUCUCUGGGGGUAAGGGUGAAAGAAAAUCCCGGCACAGAGAUGGUGGUUCAAGAUCUGGAAACAGAGAGGUGGAUGAAACUAACAGAGGAACUGGGGAAAAUGGAGAUGAACCACCAAGGUCACGGCAUCGCAAUAGGCAUAAAGCACUCUCUACGUAUGACACAGAAGAUAAGAAUGAGAACAAAGAGGUUGAUUCAGCAGAAAAAGAGCACCGCAAUCAUAGGCCAAGGGAAAACCAUAAUGAGUCGGAGCUUCCACCUGGCGGGUUGCAGCAGUUGACUGAGCAGCCAGAAGAUGCAGAUAACCAGAAGAAUGUCAACCGCAUGGCACUGCCCCAUCCAGACAGAAGCAGCACCAUCAAUAUUCCAGUGACCAUCACAGCGCCACCUGCAGACAGUGCCGUCAUUCCAAUCAAUAAUAUGGAUUUCGAUGGAAAGUCUGAGGAGAAGAAGGAGAUGGAAGAUGACCUGACCAAGAAUGGUCCCAAACAGAUCUUGCCAUACAGUUCCAUGUUCAUCUUUAGUACCACUAAUCCAGUCCGCCGUCUAUGCCAUUACAUUGUCAGCCUUCGGUACUUUGAGAUGGUCAUCCUGGUAGUGAUUGCACUGAGCAGCAUUGCCCUGGCCGCAGAAGAUCCUGUGCAGGCUGACGCACCCCGCAAUGAUGUUCUAAAAUACAUGGAUUAUAUAUUUACUGGAGUCUUCACCUUUGAGAUGGUUAUUAAGAUGAUUGACCUUGGGCUGCUGCUUCACUCGGGAUCCUAUUUUCGAGAUCUGUGGAACAUUUUGGAUUUCAUUGUGGUUAGCGGUGCCCUGGUGGCCUUUGCAUUCUCGAGUUUUGUUGGAGGUAACAAAGGAAAAGACCUGAACACCAUCAAGUCUUUGAGGGUUUUGCGUGUUUUAAGACCACUGAAAACCAUCAAGCGCCUUCCCAAGCUCAAGGCGGUAUUUGACUGUGUGGUGAACUCUCUGAAGAACGUCCUGAACAUUCUGAUAGUUUACAUGCUCUUCAUGUUUAUCUUUGCUGUCGUCGCAGUUCAGCUCUUCAAGGGCAAGUUCUUCUACUGCACAGAUGAGUCUAAAGAUUUGGAGAAGGAUUGCAGAGGUGAAUAUUUGAAUUAUGAAAAUAAUGAUUUGAGGGCUCAGGCAAGAGAGUGGAAGAAAUAUGAUUUUCACUAUGACAAUGUACUAUGGGCAUUGCUUACCCUGUUCACGGUCUCUACUGGAGAAGGUUGGCCAAAUGUCCUCAAACAUUCAGUAGAUGCCACCUAUGAGGAUCAGGGUCCAAAUCCUGGUUUCAGGAUGGAGAUAUCGAUCUUCUACGUGGUUUAUUUUGUGGUGUUCCCAUUUUUCUUUGUCAACAUUUUUGUGGCUCUGAUUAUCAUCACCUUUCAGGAGCAAGGGGAUAAGGUCAUGUCGGAGUGUAGCCUUGAAAAGAACGAGAGAGCCUGCAUAGACUUUGUCAUCAGUGCCAAGCCUCUCACUCGAUAUAUGCCUCAGAACCGUCAAUCCUUUCAGUACAAGAUGUGGCGAUUCGUUGUGUCCCCUCCAUUUGAAUACUUUAUCAUGGUGAUGAUUGCUCUCAACACCAUUGUGCUCAUGAUGAAGUUUUAUGGGGCCCCACAAACUUAUGAAGACAUGUUGAAAUGCUUGAAUAUUAUCUUCACCUCGAUGUUCUCGCUGGAAUGUAUCUUAAAGAUAAUUGCCUUUGGGGUACUGAAUUAUUUCAGAGACGCCUGGAAUGUGUUUGACUUUGUCACAGUGCUGGGAAGUAUCACUGAUAUUUUAGUUACAGAGAUUGCGGAAAACUUCAUCAACUUGAGCUUCCUGCGGCUUUUCCGAGCUGCCCGACUGAUCAAAUUGUUACGCCAAGGUUACACCAUACGAAUCCUUCUCUGGACCUUCGUGCAGUCUUUUAAGGCCUUGCCAUAUGUCUGCCUCCUAAUUGCCAUGUUGUUCUUCAUCUACGCCAUUAUCGGCAUGCAGGUGUUUGGAAACAUUGCAUUGUCGGAUGAUAACUCCAUAAACAGACACAACAACUUCCGCACCUUCUUUCAAGCUCUAAUGCUCCUGUUCAGGAGUGCCACUGGUGAGGGCUGGCAUGAAAUCAUGCUGUCUUGCCUCAGUCACCAACCCUGCGAUCCUCGAUCUGGCAACACCAAAGAUGAAUGUGGCAGUGACUUUGCAUAUUUUUAUUUUGUCUCUUUCAUCUUCCUGUGCUCUUUCCUGAUGCUGAAUCUUUUUGUUGCUGUCAUUAUGGAUAAUUUCGAGUAUCUGACAAGAGACUCUUCCAUCCUGGGACCACAUCAUCUUGAUGAGUUUAUCAGAGUCUGGGCAGAGUAUGAUCCGGCUGCUUGUGGGCGCAUUGGUUACACUGACAUGUACGAGAUGCUGCGACAUAUGCCCCCUCCCCUUGGUCUGGGGAAGAAAUGCCCUGCACGUGUGGCAUAUAAGCGUCUCGUAAGGAUGAAUAUGCCUAUCUCUGAUACAGACCUGACUGUUCAUUUCACCUCCACCUUGAUGGCUUUGAUCCGAACUGCUCUAGAUGUUAAACUGGCUUCAGGUGGAAUUAAACAACAUGAAUCUGAUGCUGAGCUGAGGAAAGAAAUCUUAUCUGUGUGGCCCAACCUCUCCCAGAAAACUCUGGAUCUUCUUGUACCACCUCAUAAGCCAGAUGCGCUGACUGUUGGAAAGGUCUAUGCCGCUCUAAUGAUCUUUGACUUCUACAAGCAGAAUAAGAACAGCCGUGAUCAGUCUCACCCACAGUCUGGGGUCCUUUCCCAGACUGGUACAGUCUCCUUUUUCCAGCCAUUGAAGGCUACUUUAGAACCAUUUGGAAAUUCCAAAAUGUUUAUCCAUCAGAAGAGCUCGGCUUCUCUAAACAAUGGGGGUGUGAUGCCUGAUCAAGAUACAGGUAUUCGAGAAUCAAGUUCUUGGGGCACUCAACCUGCUACAGAUCCCUUUUCUACUCCAAGGAGCACUGCAUUCCAGAGAGGGCACUCAGAGGAGAUCCAUGCACAAAGAAAUGGCAAACAGUCUGUAGAGAUGAAGCAAAUUGGACAGACGUUGUCUAAUGGAGGGGAACACUCUACGGGCCUGCAGUCUCAGGGUCGUGCAGUUUCCAUGCCACGGCUAGCAGCUGAAACCCACCCGAGAAGCUGCGCUCCUUCCCCUGGAAAUGGUUUCCUGCCCUCAAUUCCUGAUUCCAGUCUGAUGAAGCGGUCUGUUUCUACCCUGACGCCGCCACAGCGAGCCCAGCUGUACGAAUACUCUCUAGAAAGGGUCCCACCUGAGCAAACUCAUCAACACCAUCACCGAUGCCACCGGCGAAAGGAGAGAAAGCAAAAGUCUACAGAGAGAUCACCGCAAAGCGAGGAUGCAGAUGCCCCCACCAGGGAGAGAAAACAUGAAAGAGGACGAUCCCAAGAAAGGAAACAGCAGCCUCCAUCUUCAUUGGAGAAACAGCGAUUCUACUCCUGUGACCGAUAUGGAAGCCGCGACUCUGGCCACCCUCGUCACUGUGAUCACAGCCGGGCACCAUCGCCUAGUGCAAUACAAGAACACAGCACACACAGACAGGGCAGUGGUUCUGCCAUCGGAAGUCCACGACUCACAAGUUCCGGUGCUAGCACCCCAUGCCGGGGGAUGCGGAGACAACUCCCUCAGACUCCUCUUACCCCUCGGCCCAGUGUUACAUACCGGACAGCUCACUCCUCUCCUGUGCACUUUGGAGGGCCUGCUUAUUCCCCGGGGCGUCUUAGUCGGGGUUUAUCAGAGCACAACAAUCUACUAUAUAGCGAUUCCCCCAGCCACUCAGCCUGCACAGUUACUCGAAUUGGGUCCGACCCCUACUUAGGGCCACGCCAGGAUAGCGACAGUUACUGUCCUUUGUCAGAGGAGACAUUAACCUUCGAGGAAGCCUUGGCCAGCAAUUCUGGACGUUCAUCCCGGACUUCCUAUGUGUCUUCUCUGACCUCACAUUCACACCAGCUCUGCAGGGUACCAAAUGGUUACCACUACACCCUGGGGCUUAGCACCGGGCCUGCCACAGCUCCAAGAGGCCGCAGCUACUACAAUGAAGCAGAUGAGGAUGACUGGUGCUAGCACAUGGACCCACAACAUGUUCCCAUUCUUACCUCUGCUUCAGAGGAAAGCCAGAGAUGCAUGGGGAGGGUCAAAGAUGGUGGUCGGUUGCCCGAGUCACUACUGAUGAGUUUUAUCAUCAGCUGAUACUCAAAUUGCCAUGACAAAAGUGUGUGUUAUGGGAGAGCAUAGGCAGCCAUCUUGAAAGAACUCUGAGCACGGGGUGAUUACAGGAAGUGAACAAGCUCAGGUUUACAGAAAGGAGAAAAGGGGCAGCUGACUCUAGGAUGUGCUUUGAAAUAACUCAUGACAAAGCUUCAUUUCGUUUGGGGGGGGGAGAGCAAAGGUGGCAGUUUCCUUUCUUAUUUUUGUGGUAAGACACCAAACUACAGAGGGCAAGGGUAAGAGGUUGAAGAUUAGAAAUGAACAAGGUAGGUGAGAGCAGCAAGGUAAAUGCCGUACAGUAUCAAAAUUUACCAUUCUUAUAGAUUUUCACUGUCAAGAGAUUAUGAAGGUUAUACUCUAUUGCUUUGCUUCCAUUUCUAUACAUUUCUGAUGCUAAUAACCAUGUAAACUAACAGCAGAACACUGAAUUAUGCUCACCUCAUUCUUACAUGCUCAGCUUGCCAUCAAAGACAUAUGGCCCAGCUAUCCCAGUGCCUCAUCCACAGAAACUGCCACAAAAACCAUAUAGCUGUUGUGUUUUUAUAGCAACUUGCAAGAAGCUAGGGCUCUUCUUUCAUUCUGUCCUGUAGAACGUUUCCAAGCUGCUCUGAGACAUCUUGCUACACAACCUAGAAAUACAUCAUCUGAGAAUGUUCCCAUUUACAGAUAUCUUUUAAUAACUGUGUGGCCUGCUGGUUACAUUGGAGGUUUUUGAAUGCUGUUGCUACACCUACAUUGAGAUAUUUUUGAUGUGUGUCUAUGAAGCUUGACUAUCCGUUGACCAUUGUUCAAUCCAAUCCAAAGAAGCCUCACAUUUUUUAGGUGCAGUGUACACUUUGGUUAUGCAUUGGUCCAAACAUGCAUGUAGUUGGUCGCACAUUGUACAACAAUCGAUGUGCAGGCCGCGCACUCCUGGGUAUGAACA